AAUUAAUUCAUUACUUCUUAGGGCACCGAACUGCGCAAGGUGCGACGACGCUUACCUCUGCCAUUAUGAUCAACGCAUUUCUAGUGUUCAACGGACAGGGCCAGCCUCGUUUGACAAAGUUCUACACGCAGCUUGAAACAAGCAUACAGCAGCGGUUGAUCUCGGAGAUCUUUACACUUGUAAACAAUCGACCCGCUGGAUCGUGCAACUUCCUACCGCUACCACCCCUGCUCGCCGCAUCGGGGACUUCACAGACCUCCUCGGAGGAGCAGAACGACGUUCCAACCCUAGUGACGUACCGUUCCUAUGCGACCCUAUUCUUCAUCAUCAUAUCGACAUCGACCGAAUCACCACUCGCCCUAAUCGAUCUCAUCCAAGUCUACGUCGAAGCGCUGGAUAAGCUCUUUGAGAAUGUGUGCGAGCUGGACCUCAUAUUCAACUUCGAAACGCUGCACGCGACACUGUCGGAGAUGAUCAUAGGCGGGGUGGUCAUCGAAACAAAUCUGGACCGCAUAGUAUCUGGCGUCAAGGCCCAGGGCACUGUGGCGAAAAGACCGGUGAACGAGGGCCGGAGUACUGGUGUCGGCGCAGGGCUGGGCAUGGGCUCGAAUUUCGCGUGGACCGGACGGUGACAGAGAAAUAAUGAUUUGCGAUUUGCUCGAAGCGUCAUAUAUACCCGCGUACCAACAAAUAAGAUUUUACACCACAACGCCGGGGAAUGCAAGAAUAUUGUACAUGGAGUUGUUAUGGCUUGGGCGCAGGUUCAGAGCUUUUGGGGUUGAUGGGAGGCGCAUCUCUACGCCGCUCAUACCGUUUCUCCGGGUCCAUGA